UGGAGCCUGAGCCCCGCACAGGAGAAUCCUCGGGUCAGAGGUCACCCCUGGGUCAAAGUCCGCUUUGGCACUGGAGAACUUCAGGACGCCAACUCGCUGCCUCGCCUCCCUCGCUGCCCAGGAGCACCGCGCCCAGAAAAAAAGGACUGCACGCGCACACCCCAUUUCUCCCGUGCGUUUCUGCCUUUCCCCUGCGUUCUCCUCCCACCUUCCCCAAGAAAGGCAGGAGCGAGGCAUCCGGCCUGCCCACUGCCACCAUGGCCCACCUGCGGUCAUGCGAGGUCCGGCAGCUGCUGCACAACCAGUUCGUGGUCAUCAUGGGGGACUCCGUGCAGAGGGCCGUGUACAAGGACCUAGUGCUCCUGCUGCAGAAGGACUGCCUGCUCUCUUCCAGUCAGCUGAAGGCCAAGGGCGAGCUGAGCUUCGAACAGGAUGUGCUGCUGGAGGGUGGCAGGUGGGAACGUAUGCACAAUGGCACCCACUACCGUGAGGUGCGCCAGUUCCGCUCUGGCCACCACCUGGUGCGCUUCUACUUCCUCACGCGUGCGUACUCCCCGUACGUGGAGGACGUCCUGGAACACCUGCUGCGGGGCGAGCACGUCCCGGAUUUGGUGGUCAUGAACUCCUGCCUCUGGGACCUCUCCAGGUACGGCCAGAACUUCCCCAAGAGCUACCAGGAGGACUUGGAGAGCCUGUUUCGGCGCCUAAACCAGGUGCUGCCGGAGACCUGCCUUCUGGUGUGGAACACCGCCAUGCCAGUGGCUGAGGUCGUCUCGGGGGGGUUCCUCCCUCCUGAGAACCAGUCCGGAUGCGCGCGCCUGCGGGGAGACGUGAUGGAGGCAAACUUCUACAGCUCAGCUGAAGCUAGCAGGCACGGCUUCGAUGUGCUGGACCUUCAUUUUCACUUCCGGCACGCGGGGCAGCACCGGCAGCGAGACGGCGUGCACUGGGACGGGCGCGCGCAUCGCCACCUCACCCAGCUGCUGCUGGCUCAUGUGGCUGAUGCCUGGGGCGUGGACCUCCCCUGCUACUACCCCGUAGGCAGGUGGAUCAGGGAUGGCCCCACCAGGGGAUGUCCAGGUCACGUGGGCCAGAGGCGAUCUCAGAACAGCAGAGGUGACCCGGGGGAAGAGUCCAGGCACCCACCCACGCCCUCGUACCUCCGCGCUCGAUGGCAACCUUCUGUGACCUUUCCUCAGGUUCGACCUCCAUCCCAGCACUACCGCCAAGGUGCUUAUGUGCCCUCGCAUCCGUCUUCACACCGCAGGCAAGUCUCCAGUGAUUCUUCAGCACGCCAGGUGGAAUAUACUGGUGAAGCAAACUUGAGUGACUGGGAGACACACCUGGGCCCGAUUCGCAGAACCUCUACCCAACAUCGGAGCAGAGUGUCUCCUCCCUACCCUCCCUGGCGCCCCAGCGGGCCACGCAGACGCCAGAGAAGACGCACAAACAGAGGGACCCGACCACACCCAGAAGCACAGCCUCAGUAGGCAGACCUAAACCUGGGCUGCUUCGCAACACAGUGGAUAGUCUGCACAGACUGCCUCACUCCUCUCGCACAGGCCUGGCUUUCAGCAACGCUACCAUGGUGAGGACUCCUUCAGCCUCUUACUUUUACUGGUGAACAGCCUCACACAUCCAUCUUUGCCAGAGCCUCCACCCCAUUUCUUGGUGAGGGAGCAAGAAUUCAGACCACCUCAGCGUUUGUGAGCAAAUGAGUUCUAAAAGAAAAAGUAUACACACAGUUAAGCCUUACCUAAAUACAAGUCUUCCAACAAUAUUCUCCAUAGACGUUCUUCCCAAAAAGAAAAAAGUAAAAUUUUGAUCCUUAAAACUUUACAAAACAUUUGUAUUAAGGCUUCAGUAUCACCACUAGUUUUUACAUACAUUUAUAGAACUUAAUCCCCAAAGCUUUCACCACAAAUUCCCUUGCACAUUUCCUUGAUUAAAUUUAACUAUGCUUCAACAGAAUAUCCUAAACAAAAAGUAUUCCAUUCACUAACACAAGGUGGGUUUUUUGUUUUGUUUUUUCCAUUAGAAGCAUAUUUUCUACUCUCAGGCUCAUCAAAUUUUUUAAAAUACUUUAUUUUUUAGAGUAAUUUUAGAUUCACAGCAAAAUUGAGAGGAAAUUAGAGAGUUUUGAUAUACUUUCCAUACACAGCCUCCCCCAGUAUGAGCAUCUCACAUCAAAAUUGUACAUAUUUUUACUUUCAGUAAAACUAUAUUGAUACAUCAUUUCCCCCAAAAUCCAUUUUUGCCAUUAGGGUUCACUCUUGAUCUUGAUUCUGUGUUUUUUGACAGAUGUAUAAUUACAUAUCGACCAUUAUAGUAUCAUACAGAAUAGUUUUAUUGCCCUAAAAUUCCUCUCUGCUCCGCUUCUUCAUUCCUCCCCCUCCAACCCCUGGCAACACCCAUCCAUAACCAUCUCCAUAGUUUUGUGUUUAUGAGAAUGUUAUAUAGUUGGAAUCAACAGCAAGUAGCCUUUUCAGAUUGGCUUCUUUUACGUAGUAAUAUGCCUUUAAGAUUCUUACAUGUCCUUUCAUGGCUUGAAUACCUCAGUUUUUAGUGCUAAAUAGUAUUCCAUUGUCUGAAUAUGCCACUGUUUAUCCAUUCACUGGCUAAAGUACAUCUUAAUUGCUGCCAAGUUUUGGCAGUUAUAAAUAAAGCUUCUUCAAAUAUUCAUGUGCAAGUUUUUGUGUGUAUUUAAGUUUUCAGCUCCUUUGAAUAAAUACCAAGGAAUGCAAUUGCUGGCUCAUAUGGUAAGAGUAUGUUCAGUUUUGUAAGAAAAUUCCAAAUGGUCUUCUGAAGUAGCUCUGCCAUUUUGCAUUCCCUUCAGCAACUAAUGUUGUUCCAUAUCCUUGUCAGCAUUUGGUGUUGUCAGUGUUUUGGAUUUUCACCAUUAUAGUAGGCACAAGGUAUCUCAUUUCAAUCUUCAAUUCCCUAAGGACAUGAUAUUGAGCAUCUUUAAUAUUCCUACUUACCAUCUGUAUAUCUUCUUUGAUGAAAUGCCCAUUUUUAAUCAGUUGUUCCUUUUUUUAGACUUAAGAUUUUAUUGGUGUUUAAGAAAGCAAUUGACCUUUGUAUACUUACCUUGUAUCCUACAACCUUGCUAUAAUUGCUUCUUACUUCCAGGAGUGUUUUUGUUGAUUCUCUCAGGUUUUCUACAUAGAUGGUCAUGUCAUCUGUUGACAAGUAGAGUUUAUCUCUUCCUUCCCAAUUUGUCUACCAUCUAUUUCCUUUUCUUGUCUUGAUACACUAGUUAGGGCUUCCAGUAUGAUGUUGAAAAGGAAUGGUUAGAGGAGAUAGCCUUGUCUUUCUCCUAAUCUUGGUGAGGAAGCUUAUAGUUUCUCACCAUUAAGUAAGAUUUUAGCUGUUGAUUUUUUUGUAUGUUUUUUAAUUAAAUUGAGGAUGGUCCCCUCAAUUUCUGGUUUGCUAAGUUUUCCUCAUGAAUGGGAUUGGAUUUUGUCAAAGGCAUUUUCUUUCUACUGAUAUGAUUGUGUGAUUUUUUUUUCUUUGUAGCUUGUUGGUGUGAUGGAUUAUAUAAAUUUGAUUUUUGGAUGUUGAACCAGCUUUGCAUGUCUAGAAUAAAUCCCAGUUGGUCAUAGUGUAAAAUUAUUUUUAUACACUUUGGGAUUUCACUUGCUAAUAUUUUCUUGAGAAUUAUUGUGUCUAUAUUCUUGAAAGACAAUUGUCUGUAGUUUUCUAUUGUAAUGUUUUUGCCUGGCUUGGUAUUAGAGUAAUGUGAUCUUAUUGAAGGAGUUAGGAAAUAUUGCACCUGCUUCUAUCUUCUGGAAGAAAUUCUAGACAACCAGUGUAAUUUCUUUCCUAAAUGUUUGGUAGAAUUUGCUAGUGAAUCCAUAUGGGACUGAUGCUUUCUGUUUUGGAAUGUUAUUAAUUAUUGAUUUAAUUUCGUUAAUAAAGCUAGGCUUAUUUAUAUUGUCUAUUUCUUCUUCUCUGGGUUUGGAUAGAUUUCAUCUUUCAAGAAAUUGGUCCAUUUAAUCUAGAUGGGCAUAGAGUUGUUCAUAAUAUUCCUGAAUUUUUUUAUUCUUUUAAUGUCCGUGAUAUUUGUAGUGAUGUCCCCUUUCAUUUUGACGUUAGUAAUUUGUGUCCUUUUUCUCAAUUUUCCUGGCUAUUAUUGAUCUUUUCAAAGAAUCAGCUUUUGGUUCUAUUGAUUUUUCUAAAUGGAUUUUCUGUUUUUAAUUUCUUUUGGUUUUUGCUCUAAU